CCACGGAGCAGCAGGCAGUCCGCUUUAAUCCAAGAUGGCUGCGCCCUGAAGGAUGCUGCUGACAGCGUGAAGGGUCGGGACAAGUAACAGUGGAUGGAUUCUUUGUUGACUCUGAAGCAGAUUUGAGGUUUUCCAAACAGACCAGGAUGUCAAAGAUCUCCAAGGCGGCGAAGGUGGUGAAGAAAGUGGACACAGGCAAUGUAAUCCGGGCCAUCGUGAGGUCAGGACAGGCGGCUCCCGGCCCCCCGCUGGGCCCCAUCCUGGGACAGAAAGGGAUCCCCAUCGGGCAGUUCUGCAAGGACUUCAAUGAGAAAACCAAAGAGCUGAAAGAAGGCAUCCCACUUCCCAUCAAGAUCCACGUCAAGCCUGACAGAACGUAUGAUCUGAAGAUCGGCCAGCCCACCGUCUCUUACUUCCUCAAACAGGCGGCAGGAAUCGCUAAAGGUGCCAGCAAGACAGGCCAUGAGACGGCGGGUAUGGUGUCGGUGAAAGCCGUGUAUGAGAUCGCGAAGGUCAAAGGUGAAGACGAAUGCUUCAAGAUAAGGGACACCUCCCUGGAGACAAUUGUCAAAACCAUCAUAGGCUCAGCCCGCUCGCUGGGAAUCCAAGUUGUCAACGAUCUUUCAGCAGAUGAGUACAAAGUCUUCCUGGAGCAGAGAGAGGAGAAGCUGAAGGCGGACGCUGCUGCUGCAGCUGCAGCGGCCGCAGCCGAGGCCGCAGCAGUGAAAAAGAAAUAAGAACCUCCAAUAGUUUCCCAUAUUUGUUUAUUUUGACUUUAUACAUGUACUAUAUUCGGUUAAAACCUGUUUAAUAAAAGUUUUAUGUGAACAAGGA